GCGGGCGGGUCUCCCGCGAAGCUCGAUUGAGCAGCCUGUCCCUCAGCGCUGCCGCUGCGGGGCCCGGAAGCGGUCUCGGGCUCGCUCCCGAUGCUGCGGUGGCUGAUCGGCGGCGGCCGGGAGCCGCAGGGCUUGGCGGAGAAAUCCUCUGUACAGACAAUUGGUGAAGAACAAAUACAGAAUCCUUACACAGAGCUCCUUGUGUUGAAAGGCCAUCAAGAUAUAGUACGAUUUCUAGUGCAAAUAGAUGAUUGCAGGUUUGCAUCUGCAGGAGAUGACGGGAUCGUAUUUCUUUGGAAUGCUCAGACUGGAGAAAAACUUUAUGAACUUCAUGGGCACACGCACAAAAUUACAGCUAUAGCACCAUUUUCCUCAUCAGAUGGUACUGAAGAAAAAACUGAUAUGAUUAUAACAGCAUCAGCUGAUAGAACAGUUAUUAUUUGGGACUGCACUAGUGGCAGACAGGUUCAGAAAGUGUCAUGUUUCCAUUCUACCGUAAAGUGUUUGACAGUUCUUCAAAGACUGAAUGUAUGGUUGUCUGGAGGGAGUGAUCUAUGUGUUUGGAACCGAAAAUUAGAUCUCUUGUGUAAGACCAGUCAUCUUACUGAUGCAGGCAUCAGUGCUUUGGUUGAAUUGCCCAAAAAUUGUGUUGCAGCAGCAGUUGGCAAGGAGCUAAUAAUUUUUAGGUUGAGUGCUUCUAAGAAUGGGUCUGAAGGUUGGAAUGUCCUUGAAGUAAAGCGCCUUGUUGACCAUCAGGAUAACAUUUCAUCAUUAGUCAGUGUCAAUGAUCUGACUUUUGUGACGGGUUCUCACAUAGGUGAGUUAAUAGUUUGGGAUGCACUUGACUGGACAAAGCAGGCAGCUGAGUGCAGCUUCUGGGACUCCUCUGUCCAUCCAGAUGUACAGCCAGAAAUAAAGUUAUCCCAAAGCCCUAAUGAAACUUCAGUUCAACACUUAACAUCUGAUGAGGAGUGUGUGUUUGCUGCUGUUGGGAAAGGCAUAUACGUAUAUAAUCUUCAAAUGAAGCGUGUGAUUGCCUGCCAGAGAACUGCUCACGACUCCUCUGUGCUGCACAUUGAGAAGCUUCCAAACAGGCAGCUGAUCUCCUGUUCAGAAGAUGGCAGUGUACGCAUUUGGGAACUCAGAGAAAAGCAGCAGCUGCCAGCUGAACCAGUUCCGACAGGGUUUUUCAACAUGUGGGGAUUUGGAAGGUCAAACAAGCAGGCAAACCAAGCUGCUAAGAAGAUGCAGGAGAAUACACCUAUGUAUUUCUUGGAGCUGGUUGGUGAUUUGAUUGGUCAUUCAUCAGCUGUGCAGAUGUUCCUGUACUUUGGUGAACUGGGAUUGGCUACAUGCUCUGCUGACCACCUCAUUAUUUUGUGGAAGGAUGGUGAACGAGAAUCUAGCCUCCGCAGUUUAGCACUAUUUAAAAAAUUGGCACAAAAUGGUGAUUUGCAGCUCAAACUUUAAAUUAUUUUAAUAUAGGCUGCAUAUAUAUGAACUGGAUAUGUGUUAAACCUGAGUGUAAAGGUACGUCUGAGCUACUGGGAAUUUGACUACCAGUAAGGCUUACACUUAAUGUCAUGUGUUGUGUUCGAACUUAUACUAGUUGCUACUCUUCUCAAAGGAGAACUUUGCGUGUUGGUAUACUCUGUAAGCAGAAGUGGUGUUCUCUUGAAAGACCAAAGGUAAUGAUGACUCAUUAAAUAGUUUCUAGUAUUAUUCCUAACGUUUAAAAUUAUCGUGGGUGAAUGUCAAAAUUAAGAACUGUGAAAUACCUUAAAUGGAUCAUAAUUAAAGCAGUUGAGAGCAUCCACAGUGCUAUGUGCAGGAAGAAGGCAUGGGAAAAAAUCUGUAGCUUUCUGCUUUAUCUAAUUUAUUUCUAGAAGCUAAACUUUCCUCAGUGGUGGCUCAGAUUUGUGUGUAUACAGUAACCCCAAAAGAAAGUGUUCUCAAACAGAAUUUUUGCAUUUGAAGUUACUAUCCUGCACCAGUGGCAAGAAAAAGAAAAAGUGGUAGGCAAUGCCAGUUUGUCUGGUUUUAAUUUUUGGCAAACUGAGGUACAUAGAUACUUCUUGCUAGUAGUAGCUGCAGUUUUACUUGGAUUAGCCUACAUUACUGGAGUUUAUACAGCACCAUUACCAAAUCUAGCAUGCAGUGUGAUUAGUUUAGCUUGGUCUUUCCAUAGUGCAUUCAUUAAAUUAAUUUGUCUUUAAUAAAAAGCAUUUGCAUUACCAUGAAUUUUCAGAAUGUAGAACGCUUUCAUAAGCGGUAGUACUUGAUAUGUUCAAUAGUAGUGAAACUGUGUUUUGCCAUACAAAUACUAAAUUCUCAGCUGAAGUCUGACUUCAGAGAAAUGUGCACCAAGUUUGUAAGGGUAAAUAGUAUUUCAAAGUUAAAAAAUAAGCACCUAACUACACAUGUACUAACAGUCUGAGAUAGCAGCAGCUAAACAGGAGAAGGGAAAGAAAUGCAAACUAAAACAUAAAGCUCAAACAAAAACACAACAGCAAAAACCUAAUCUACAAACAAACAAGGAAGCAACCCCGCACAACACAACAAACCAAAAAAUGAAGCCAAGUUAAACCCAGAACUGAUACAAAGAAAGUGUGAGGGAGGACAAGAUGAUGAGUGGUACAUUACCAUUUGAACAGGGAAGAGCUAGGGAAAAGGGAAAGUUUGGAAACUUAGUGGUCAUAAAACUAUGUAGAAGAGGAUGCUACUGUCCUCAGGUCUGUUCAGAAGAUACAGCACUUAAAUGGUGUAGGAACAAGUCUUGUGCAACUUUUUAGUGCCAUCUCUUCCCUUUGAAUCAGUGAGAAUUGUUUUCAGUACAGGAAAUACAUGGCUGUAAUUCCAGACUUCAGAUACAGUGGUUGCAGUAAGUGCAAUUAAAAGAAAGGGCUAAGCAGAUUAUCGCAAGAGCAGAAGCAAAAGGAGAAAGCUCCUAGCUUCCUAGAAGAAACCAAAGAACCUUUUAGACUUGCUUCCCCCAGCAGCAGUGGGCACUUGCCUUUCUCCAACCAUCCAGAAACCAACCUUUGCCUCUUGGAUCUUAUUAUGAGACUGUAAUCUUCUCUGGAAAGCAGAGCAGAGGGACAGUAAGAUUUUGAAUUGUAUUUUUUCCCUACCUUAGCCGAGUUGUACAGCUAAUCUUACUUGAGUAUAGAGCUCAAAAUAACAUAUUUCAAAACCACAAAACAGAUGGAGGAAUUGUUAAAUUACCCUCUCCUUUCAAUUCAGGAAGGUUAAAUCAGUGUUAAAGCUUGAGCUGCAUUUUCUUUGCCAAGGCUGGCUAUUCUGUUGACCAGUGUAGGAAAGGCAUUUGGAUUACAGCUGAGGAUAACAUGCCUUUGGGUAUAUGGUAUUAAACUUGAGAGAGGAAAGCAUGUUAAGUCUAUGUUGCUUCAGCUUGCCUUCAUCAGCAGAUGUUGCAUUUUUGGCUUACCCAGGAGGAGCUGGGGAGAUAAAACCUCUCUUUGGAUCUUUUUUUCUUGGUUGUAUAUAAUGCUUGUGUUUACACAUUGUUAUGAAACCUUUACAGUGAAAGCUUAUAAAACUUAGGUUUUUUGGAGAGCCUACUGCUAUAAUCAGUCAUAACUAGAGAGAAGGAAGAUCAUAUUUUUAUUAUCUCUUCUCUUAUAGUGUGAGAACAACUAUUUCCUUUUUAUGUGACUGCUUUUAAGUGAAUACCUGGUAGAGAAACAGACCUAUUUAACUGAACAGUUCUAGUCACAAAACUCGCUGUGCAUUUUACAGGGAUGUAAUUCAGCUUUAAAUAGUCCUACAUGCAUGUAUAAAUAUUUCUACUUAACAGAAGUACCACUGUUCUCAGAUACACUCCAAUCUCCCAAGGGUCUCAUCUUUAAAGAUGGUUGACUUGAAAAUACUGAGUUCUUUGUUUUACAAAUGAACUUUGAGUGUAACACAGAACAUAGGUAUAUAUCCCACUCCUUUGUUAAAUAAGAGUUUGUUACUUGCUGUUGGGAGAUGCAGAGAGCAGAAUUAUGGUAACCAGAUGAGACUUUUUACAUCUAACUGGUGUCCUUCUAAAUUUUUUUCCACCUUACCGCAACACUGAAUUUCGUAUGUUCACACCGUGGAAGUAAAUAUCUUUAUCAGACCUACUCUUAAUACUUUUACAACUCUGAGGUGGCUGUUUUACAUCUGCGCACUGACAACAGCAUGAAACAAGCAGCUCUUAGUAAACUGGACUGGUCUAGGAGAUCUGACACAAGUGGCAGAUGAUAAUUAAUCUGUGCUGAUUUAUUUUGCUGUUAAAGAGGACCUAUUCCACACUACUUUUUUUUUUUUUUUCUUUGUCUGACUCUAGGAGGAAUCACAAGAUCUUGCAACAAAUAUGUUGAUUCUGUAUUAAUGCCUUGGCCUCAGUUCUGGUUCACAAGUUGAACUUUAUUUUUUUGAUGCCUUCCACUGUUGACAUUUUGUUCUGUGUGACAGAAGUGUGACAGAAAUUAUGAAUUGUUUUACAUGGAUGUGGUCUUACAAUGUUGCUGUAUCUAACAAAUUAAAUUAACAAAGCUUAAA